UCAACUUUAUGGUACAAAGCUCCCCUACAGUGCGUGGCGAUCCUACCUUUCCGGCUGUUGGCGAGGUGCACACCCGAUGGAACAGUGAUGGACUAUGGAACCACAUCGCUUUCUAGGGAGUGUACAAAGUUAGCCCAUUCUGUACUCUUGUUGUCCGAUCUUACCGAGUCCACGUAAACAACAGAAGGAAAUUUAAGUCUUUCAUAAGUACACGAUUUCUGGGAAACGCAUCUUCAUCUCGUUCUACUCGCAAGCUGGCAAGGUACUUCGGAAUUCACCUCUACGAAUACUCUGCGGUACCAUGAAUAUCGAAGAGGAACACCAGUUCCGAAGAACUAUCGGGAGAUGGCGCUUCACUGCGGUCGUAUUUAUCCUGAUUUCUAUCGUACUUUCAAUAUUCCUGGUUGCCAUGGCGAUUUUCACCCAUGGGAUCCCAAGAACCGUCCCAUUGGAUAUGUGUGAUGACGCUGACGACCUUGAUGUCACAGAAGCAGACGACCCGGGUGUCUUUGAUGACCUCACUAGUAAAGAACUAUCGUCUGUCCAGAAGUAUCUAUAUUCUGUACCGGAACUCAACCUUUCUCAACCCUCUGGAGCCGGACUGGUCAGAAGCUUCGUACACUCAGUCGAGUUGCACGUUCCGAACAAGGAGUACGUAUUGCGGUAUUUAGACGAGAACGCGGCGAAACCCGAAAGAGAGGCAUUAGUGCUAAUAUUCAGGGGAGAUAAAUUACCCCCAGUUGUCGAGGAAUAUAUCGUCGGAGCACUUCCCCUUCCAUCUUACCUUGAACUACGUCAUUCCGCGAACAGACCAAAUCCGAUUCCCUUCAGCAAGAGACCUAUGGAAAGAAAUGAAUACAUAAAUAUAUAUGAGCAAUUAUUUCUAAAACUCGGAUCUAAGCUUAAAAAGAUUUUAGAAGAAAGUUACGAAGCAGAGCUUCCCUCUCCUGGAUGUUUGGAAAAGUGUCUCAGCUUUUACCCUGUCCCAAUUGGGUCAGGGGUGGUGGGGUCCGACGAAAGGAAGACCUGGGUCGUCCUUAUGCAGUCAGUAGAAUACUAUACACUCCAUCCUGUAGGACUUUCACUUCUUAUCAACCUUUCAAAUCCACUGAAAUACAUUGUUGAGCUUGUUGAUUACGGUGGCCAGAGAUUCCAUUCCAUUGACGAGUUCAUUUCCAAGUACAAUUCAGGGGAAGUAACUAAACACAAAAAGCCUUUCCCGAACAUUACACGCGACUUAUUUUCGACCCUCUACAGACGAGGGGAGCCAGUCCCUGAGCUGCCAAAGAGGCCGCCCAAAUUCUACGAACCAGACGGCAAGAGGUACAGAAUCGUCCAUCGCCACGUGGAGUACAUGCAGUGGAAGUUUGACUUCAGGAUGUCUGCUCAGUCAGGACCUCAGGUGUACGAUGUCCGCUUCCUGGACGAACGGAUUGCAUAUGAGAUCAGCCUGCAGGAGAUCGGUGUGUUUUAUUCCGGGAGCGGGGGCCACAAAUUUGCCGACUUUAUCGACAGUGCGGAUGGUCUUGGUCAAAAUUCCCACGCUCUUGUCCCCGGGGUCGACUGUCCUGACACCAGUACCUUCGUUGAUGGAUUCUUCUUGAUGGGAUCAGUGGAGUCACCGAAACGGCUUCCGAGGAUGUUUUGCGUCUUUGAAGAAAACACAGCUUUCCCUCUGCAUCGUCAUCAGUCGUACUACGCUCACGACGGCCAGUUCUACCAUGGGUUGGUGGACUCCGCCCUCGUCCUGCGAGCUGUCACGGUUAUUGCUAACUAUGAUUACAUAGUGGACUUUGUUUUUCAUCAAAAUGGCGCCCUGCACAUCCGAGCAGCAGCUACUGGUUAUAUCUUCUCUUCAUUCUACACGUCUGACGAGAUAAAAUACGGCUUCAGGCUGGAGGACUACAUUUCUGGUAAUAUUCACCACCAUAUGGUUCAUUUCAAGAUUGACCUUGACAUUCAUGGAACCAGUAACAGAUACGAAACUCUCGACAUCCAUGCGGUGGAGGUUCCCAAUGACGUAUCUGUCACAAACGCCACCUACUGGCAGACCAUGGUUGAGAGGAAGUUGAAAGAAUCGGAGUUGGAAGCAGCUUUUAGAUAUGACUUCCAGUCACCAAAGUAUCACGUGAUUCACAAUGGUGGAGUGAAAACCCGGCACGGAGAAAUAAGCGGAUACAGGCUUCACCUUCAAGGAAUGUCCCAUCAACCUCUUCCUGAAAACCGUGGAAACGAAGCUACAGCAUCGUGGUCGAGGUAUCAGCUAGCAGCAACCAAAUUCAAGGACUGGGAGAGAGAGAGCAGCUCGUGCUAUGGCAUGUUCGACUCGAGGGAUCCAGUUGUUAACUUUACCAGUUUCCUGGCCGACAAUGAAAGCAUAGUUGAUGAGGACUUGGUACUGUGGGCAUCUGUGGGGAUCCACCAUAUCCCCCACACAGAGGAUUUGCCGGUCACGCCCACAGUCGGCGGCCAUCUUGGAAUAUACUUGCUUCCAUUCAACUACUUUCAGGAGUGUCCAUCUAUGGCGUCACGUGACUCCGUCAGGUUAGAACUUAAAGAGAGAUACACCAUGGCAACAGGGGUCAGAGUUGACGGAUAUAACAACGAGUCAACGUGCUUGCCGAAAUCAACCGAUCUUCACAGACUGUUUGGGGACAAUGCAGAGGAAAUGUUCAACUGAUGAACGUGCCAGGAAUAGUCUUAAAUAAAACCUACUAGUAAAGUUAACAUAAAGGACCUUUCUAUCUAAUGCUUAAUUCUAACACGUGGUAAGAUAUAUUGCGGACCCUAAUAUGUAACUCACUCACUCACUGAAAUGUUUGUUGUAAUCAAAGUUACAUACCAACUGAUAAUACUUUAAACAGUUAAAAUUCCAACAAGAAUGGAGUUUACAUCUGCAUGCAAUAUGGGCAGAGCUGUUCCUGUCAACCACGCGGGUCAUGACCUUGGAUAUACACGGUAUGUGUCUCCCCCCAUCACGGUAUAUGCCUCCCCCCAUCACG